AGCACUAACUACUCUCCACACAGAGGCAGGUUUUAUUUAAAAAUUCAGAAACAGAAGUCUAUUUUGUAAAUGUUCAAAGAUUAAACAUUGUAAGUAACCAAGCGGUAUUAGUUUCAGUAAAACUAAUCAGCAGCUUUCCAGCUGAACCAGAGUUCAUGUGCGUCUGCUUGGAACAAAAAAGAAGAAGAAAGAAAAGUCAGCCAUGGCAGCUGAUCUAGAUGUGGUGAACCUGUUUAUCAUUGCUGGAGGAACACUGGCCAUCCCCAUCCUGGCUUUUCUGGCUUCCUUCUUUCUUUGGCCAUCUGUGCUCAUUAAAGUAUAUUACUGGUACUGGAGGAGGACUUUGGGCAUGCAGGUGCGUUAUGCAGACUGUGGUGGUUAUCGCUUUUGUUACUCAUACAGAGGAAAACCUGGGAUGAGACCUUCUAUCUUAAUGCUUCAUGGUUUCUCUGCCCACAAAGAUACAUGGCUGACUGCUGUCAAGUACUUACCAAAACAUCUGCACAUCAUAUGUGUGGACAUGCCUGGCCAUGAGGGGACAACACGCACCAACACUGAGGAUUAUUCCAUACAGGGACAAGUCAGAAGAAUCCAUCAGUUUGUGGAAACCAUUCGAUUAAACAGGAAACCAUUCCACCUGGUCGGAACCUCCAUGGGGGGAAACGUAGCAGGGGUUUAUGCAGCCUGCUAUCCCUCAAAAAUCUGUAGCAUGACUCUCAUUUGUCCAGAUGGUAUAAGACACCCAUGUGAGACCAAAUUUGAUAAUCACCUGCAGGACCUGGAGCACAGCAACUACACACUAAACAUCCCGCUGAUCCCCACCACACCUGAAGAGAUGGAGGACAUGUUCAGACUGUGUUCCCAUGUCCGCUUUAAAAUUCCUCAGCAGAUUCUUCAAGGACUCGUUGAUGUCCGACAACCUCACAACGCAUUCUAUGAGGAGGUGUUUAUGGAGAUUGUUGGUGAAAAAUCACGAUAUGCCUUACAGGAGCACUUGCAUCUAAUAGCUACACCCUUACAAGUGAUAUGGGGCAAACAAGAUCAGGUGGUGGAUGUUUCUGGUGCUACAGUCAUCACAGAGGUGUUGCCUGGGUGCAGAGUGGACCUGCUGGAUAAUUGUGGCCACUCUGUGGUGAUGGAGAAGCCUUGUCGAACAGCCAAACUCAUCCUGGAGUUUAUUAUCCUGCAGCAAAAUGCCAAGAGUGGCAAAAAGAAAUCUUGCUGAACAGAAGACUUUGAACAUGUCCUCUUAUUCCAAUGUCUUUAUAGGUUACAUGCUUAUAAAGACAUACACACACAGCAAAUAUGAACAUCAGCAUCAGAAUCAGUCUUAUUGCCAUUGUCAGUGAUGGUUUCACAGACUAGGCAUUUUUCUUGGUGCAAUGGUACAACAUGGAACAUGGAACAUAGACUAGUAAGGGGAAAUAAAUAAAUUAAUAAAUAAAUAAGGCCAUGCGACAUUAUGCAGCAGAAGAGAUGUGCAGUGUUCAUUUAAAAAGAAUUAAUGGUCUGUAAUGGUCUGUACUUACAUAUGUAAUCAGUUAAUUGCAUCUUGCAAAUA